GAAAGAAAGAAAGAAAGAGCUCACGUGUGGUGUGUUUGUGAAUCCUCAGUGUUUUCCUCUCUUAUUGAGUGUAAACAGAUUCUUGUAAAUCAGUAGGAACUGAUCUGGCCAUGCUGGAUGAUUGAAAGAGCUGAAGAAAGAGAUGGCGUUACUGGAGGCAAAGCUGAGGUCAAGAGGAGAUGAAGGAGUGAAGAGAGAGGAUGUGGAUGUGGAUUGUUGUGAAUCUUCAGUGUAUGUGACUGAUGGAUGUCUGGAUUCAGUGUGGAUGAGCAGAGAUCAGAGCCGCACACCACAGCCACUGCUGGACUCUAAACUCUCUGAAGAGAAAUCCAGACACACACAGGACUCAGAGCUCAGUCUCACUUUACUCUGUUAUACUGAGUCAAAGCCCACAGACGCUCAGGACACUGUGUGUGACAGUAAUCAGGGCUUACAGGAUGAGGAAUCUACUGAUCAAACCUCCACAGAGUCUCUGGAUUCUGUCUGUAAUGCUGGAGAACAGCAGCAGAUCCUGCAGACCACACUAAAGAUGUGUUCAGUCAAACUGAUCGACUGCAGGAACCUGAUGAUGAAGAUUAAAACUGAACCCACAGAAGAGGAAGAUCACACGGAAGAGGAUGAAGCGAAUCGUGCAGAGGAUUUAAAUCCAUCAGAUGUUAAGAGUGAGUCAUGCUGUGAUAGAGAAACGUCCCCCACAUCAGAAGAUCGACUGACAGCACAAACUCUUUCCUGCAUCACGUGUGGAAAGACAUUCAGCUCACAGAGACAUUUAGAGAGACACGAGAGAAAACACACAGAACAGAAACUCAGCUUUACUACCUUACAAGAGAAGAAACUUCAUCAUUCAGAAGAACACGGAGAGAAGAAGAAGAAGUUUCACUGUGAGCAGUGUGGGAAGGAUUUUGUCUUCUUAUCUCAGCUGAAAGUUCACAUGAGGACACACAGUGGUGAAAAGCCUUUCUAUUGCACUGAAUGUGGAAAUUACUUCAGCACCAAACAAAGUCUUGGUGCUCAUCAGAGAAUUCACACAGGAGAAAAACCAUACGAGUGUCCUCACUGUGAGAUGAGAUUCAUACAAAAAAGCAAUCUGAAGGGACAUGUGUUUAAACACACCAAUGAGAGACCGUAUCAGUGCAGUAAAUGUGACAAGGCCUAUAGGUUUUCAGCUUCAUUAAAAUCACACCAGAAAAAUCACUCUGAAGAGAAACUUUAUCAAUGUUCAUUCUGUGAUAAACAUUUCUGUCAUAAAUCUAAUCUUAUAUGCCACAAGAGGAUUCACACUGAAAAACCUUACAAAUGCUCUCAGUGUGAAAAGACGUAUACUCAGUCAAGUACCUUAAAACUCCAUGAGAGAAUUCACACCGGAGAGAAACCUUACGCCUGCUCUGAAUGUGGAAAGAGAUUCACUUAUCUAUCUAAUUUCAUAGUUCAUCAGAAAGUUCACACUGGAGAGAAACCUUAUCACUGUAGUGUUUGUGGGAAGAGUUAUGGGCGGCAUAAUAAUUUAGUAAGGCAUCAGAGAAGUCAUACAGGUGAAAGACUUUUCAAAUGCUCUCAGUGUGAAAAGACGUUUAAUCAGUCAAGUAAAUUAAAAGUCCAUGAGAGAAUUCACACUGGAGAGAAACCUCAUCACUGUAGUCUCUGUGGGAGGAGUUUUGGGCGGCUUGAUAAUUUUGUAAUGCACCAGAGAACUCAUACAGGUGAAAAACCUUACAAAUGCUCUCAGUGUAAUAAGACGUUUAAUCAGUCAAGUAACUUAAAAACCCAUGAGAGAAUUCACACUGGAGAGAAACCAUACGUCUGCUCAAUCUGUGGAGAGAGAUUCACUCAGUCUGCAAGUCUUCAAUAUCAUCAGAAGAAACACAAGAACAAAUUACACUGAAAUCAUCAUAGUGCCUUAAACUCUUUACACAUUGACCGCAUAUAUUCUACGUUAAUGUUCGCCGCAAUAAUAUGCUAGAACAAAAACAAUGCAUUUCUAUGAAUUACUUCACAUUGAUUUGUUCUUUAGUGAGCGGAUGUUCAGAAGUGCUAACUUAACAGUAACUGGUUUUGGCCCUGUGUCAAUCUCAGAAUGACGUCUAAAAGGCAGUAGAUUAGAUAGAAAGAAGGUGGCACUCUCCAGCCACACAGCAAUUUUAUCACAUAUCAGGACAGAGAUAGGAAAAGCUAAAGGGACAUUGGGCUCCCGCUUGUUCUGUAAAUAAUUAUGAUUUUUACUGCUGUCGUAGUGGGGACCCAACACAUAUCAGUUACCAGUGCUGCUUGCAGAUGAGGGCAGGUGUGAUCCCUGACGUUGAGGCAGAGGUCGGAGGGCUCUCUCAGACGGAGAGGGAGGGCGGGCUGGGCUCUGAGGCUUACGCCUGUUUCACACAUACUCCAUUUGCACUGCGUUGCUGACCCGCUGCUUUUGUGUAUAAAAUUAUCAUGUGAUUGACAUUUUUUGUGGAAACUCCUUCUCCAUAUACAAUAUAGCAUAGCUUCCUGUGUUUUUUUUUCCACAUAAAUCAGCGCGUGCAGCUUGCAUGCAGUACAGCAAAAAUAGACUUCUGCAUCUGCAAUGGACCGGACGGACCGCAUACCUAUACUGUGUGAAAGCUCUAACCUGUUAACAUGGGCACGUAAAAAUAUGCACCGCAAAUGCACUGCAUACAGAGUUUGUGUGAAACGGGCGUUAGGUGGUUGUGGAGCCCUCUGUUUCUUGGUUAAUAUUUGGGGACCCGCAGCAAUAGAGUAGGAAAACUUUGUUACAGCAAAUAUCAGUUUAUCCAUUUUUCUCUAAAAAGCACAGAAGUGGGGAGGUUGGAGAGAGAGUGUGAUGACAUCAGCUGUGAUUCUGGUGUUACUGGAGGCUGGAUAGUGUUCUCUUGCCUUUCCUGGUUGUUAUCUACAGAAAGGUCCUUGGGUGUUGAUUCACAAUUCAGCUGUAGUGAGAUCGGUGAGCAGGACUCAGCCUGAACUGUGUCUAUGAACAGUGGCUGUUGUUGUUGUUAUGGCUGCAGUGUUAUAUCCUUGUCAUCUGAAUGUCCAUCCAGGUGCUGGUUUGAAAUCCUGUGGUCAUUAAGGCCGUCCAGGAUUGCACUGGAACACUCAGCUGAUGAAAGGUGACGGAAGAAAAAGAUAUUGUCUUUAAGCUAGUUUGUUUGGAUGGAUCUGUGUUGAAGAUUUGCCUUUGACUCCAGAAGAUAUUGAAAUUGUCAAUGUAAUUCAUUCAGGUUUUUGCAGCCAGCACAUAUUUGUUCCUCUGGCUGGAAGAGGUCCACUGAUGAAUGACUUCAGUCUUGAUUUCAGUCUUCCAAGUGUUUCAAAAAGUUAAUUGAAAUUCCCCUUAAUGAGUCAGACUGCUCUUUUUGAAUAUCACUCUUUUCCACAUGUAUGAUAUUCCAACUGACAGACUGAUGUGACCUCUGUCCAUUUACAUUUGGGGAUUCUUUACCCACACACAUUAGUAGUUCCAAUAUAUUUUCAAGCGGCACAGGGGGUGGAAGGAAACCAACAUUGGCUACUGAAGUUGUACCCAUAUCUGGGGUAGAUGAUGCUAAUGCAGCAAUUUGUGACACCCUUCUUAGUCUGAUGUCUUGGGCACCUUUGGGUCUCGCACCCUGUUUAUGCCAUUGGUUUGUGUCCUCAAUUGCUGUAGCUUCCUUUGAGCUCGCUAUGACCUGUUUAAAAGGACUUGUUACGUUGAGAGGGACCACGAUGAAGCUCUGCCGUAUGUUCUGCCACGGUAGGCAGCACCACAAGUAACAUUGUUUUCGAGAACUGCAAUCAAGUCUGUGGCAGUUUGAGCAGCAGGUGGAUUGAGAUGCAAAAGAAGGCAUUUUCUCUGUUCGAGUGUGGGCAGCUGUGUUGUUCAGUUUUAGGGGGCAUAAAAUUGUCAAUCAUUUCAAUAAAAGAUCUUU